UUAUCUGCUUCCUUUCGCUGUACACCAUCCAAAGGAAAUGGGUUUUAUAAAAUUCAUUGGUGCCAGACUAUUUGAAGCCACUAUUUGCUUCAUACUUAUUACACUGCUGCCUCUGCCACCUUACAUGGAAUUUACGGCCUACAGUGUUCCUCCUUACAUGCCAUUUGAAGGACCAUUACAGCUAAAUGAUAGAUUAAACAAUGCAGAACAUUUAUUUGUUGAUCUUCUUAAGGGGCCUGAAGCAUUUGCUGUACACAAUGGAGAAAUUUAUACAGGAAUACAUGGAGGAGAAGUUGUUAAAAUUGUAAACAACAGUUUAGUGCAUGUAGCAAAGUUUGGAAAACCAUGUGGUGGUUACUGGGAAGAGAGCAUUUGUGGACGCCCACUUGGCUUAAAAUUUGACAAACAUGGCAAUCUUUAUGUUGCUGAUACUUAUUAUGGACUGUUCAAAGUUAAUGUUGAAACUGGUUUGGUAACUAAACUGGUAUCUGCAGAUAUUCCUAUAAAUGGGAAAAAACCAUUACUAAUAAAUAGUGUUGAUGUUGCCCGUGAUGGUACUGUCUACUGGAGCCAUUCUUCAUCAGAUGUAACUCUGCAAGAUGGUGUAUAUACUUUGUUGGGAGAUGGGAGUGGCAGGUUGCUAAAGUAUAGCCCCACAACGAAUACAAGUGAAGUAUUGCUUGAAAAGCUGCAUUUUGCCAAUGGUGUACUUUUAUCAGACGAUGAAGAUUUUGUGUUGGUUUCUGAGACACUCAGUUCCCAAAUUCGCAGAUACUAUCUUAAAGGUGCAAAGAAAGGGUCAAAUGAUAUAUUUGUGGAUAAAUUACCAGGUUUUCCUGACAAUUUGAGCCAUGAUGGUAAAGGAAGCUACUUUGUUGCACUAGCGUUUCCAGCAGAUAAAGAUCAUCCAGCAUUUAACCACAUCAUUAGUGAAUAUCCUGUCCUAAGAAAAUUUCUUGCCAGGUUGCUGGGUUUGCUGGAGAUGCCAUUUCAGUUCAUUGAACGUUUUUAUCCUAACUAUUACGUCAAGAGAGCCACUCACUGGAUUGGACAUUUUGAAUCUGUACGAUUUAUGGAACCAAAACGGUUUACCUUAUUGAGACUAGGUAAGGAUGGAAAAGUAUUAGAGAGCAUGCAUUGCUUGGAUGGUACUCUCUCAGGAAUCAGUGAUGUUGUCGAGUUUGAAGACGCUCUCUAUUUUGGAUCCCCAUACAAUACAUAUAUAGGAAGAAUUAAAUUAGAGAAACCACCCAGAAUUUCCAUACGGAUCAAGACAAAUAAGGAAUCAACAGCAGAAAUGAAAUAUUAAUUGAAUAUAAAGACUGAAUGUUAAUUAAGAUUUUUUAAACUUUGUUAUUUUAUUUUUGACUGUUUUAUCUUUUGAAUAUAUUCUGUUGCAUUUUAGUAAUGUCAUUUUAUAUAACCUGUUCACAUCUGAUUUAGCUUUAUACCUUGCAGUGUGUAGAAUAAAGUCACUAUUAAAAAUAA